AUGACAUUUAAUCCAAUAGCUGAAAUCAAUGCUGCAAAAGAUAACAUAUUAUCAAGUAUAUCAGCACUUAGUUUUGUAAUAGAUACAGGCUUGGAUCAAAUAGAACGCUAUUUAUUUUCAUAUGAAAUAAAUCGUCGAAUACAAUCAAGAAUUUCAAACAAUAACAUUUACCUAAAGGGGAAAAAUAUUGAUAUGCUAAAGAUUAAAAACAAAUUAUUAGAUAACAUCAAAUUAAAUUCGGAACCACCAAAACCAGUGGCUGAAAUCAAAAAAGAACCAAAAGAAAUCGCUCCAAAAGUAGAAGAACCAAAGAAAAUACCAAUAAAACCAGUAGAAACUAAAAAACCGGAAAUUCAAUUGACUAAAGAAGAAUUAGACCGCAUUAAAAAGCUCGAAGAAUUUUUGGGAAGCGAAAAUAUUGAACUAAAAGAAAUUAAAAAGUUUCAAGUUCCUGAAAACUAUGAUCCCUCAGAAUUUUACAAUAUUGCGAUGGAAUUCCUCAAUAAGUAA